AUGUCUCUUCCCAAAGAAGUUGGCGGCUACAAGCUUGGUAAACUCCUAAUCGAGGGUAAAACCAAGCAAGUGUUCGAUCUACCAGACGUCCCUGGAAAUUGUCUCCUGUUGAAUAAGGACAGAAUAACAGCUGGCGAUGGAGUUAAGGCGCAUGAUAUGGAAGGCAAAGCCGCCAUAUCUAAUCAAACAAAUGCCAAGGUCUUUGAAAUACUUAAAGCUGCUGGAAUUAAAACGGCAUUCGUAAAGCUUGCUUCACCCACUGCCUUCAUUUCUACAAAAUGUGAUAUGGUUCCCAUCGAAUGGGUGACAAGGCGAUUAGCGACAGGGUCUUUCUUAAAGCGUAAUCCUGGAGUUCCUGAGGGAUACCGCUUCACUCCACCAAAACAGGAGACCUUCUUCAAAGAUGACGCCAACCACGACCCUCAAUGGUCAGAAGAACAGAUUAUUUCAGCUAAAUUCAACAUUAAUGGACUUCUUAUUGGUCAAGAAGAAGUUGAUUACAUGCGUCAGGUUACAAUAUUGGUAUUCGAAAUUUUGGAAAAGGCAUGGGCUCUGCGUGACUGUGCUUUAAUCGACAUGAAGAUAGAGUUCGGUGUUGACGCUAAUGGUAACAUCCUCUUAGCCGAUGUCAUUGACUCUGAUUCAUGGAGAUUAUGGCCUUCUGGGGACAAAAGGCUCAUGGUGGACAAGCAGGUGUACAGGAACUUAGCUAAUGUAACGGCGGCUGACCUUGAUACGGUAAAACGCAACUUUGCGUGGGUCAAAGAUCAAUUAGAUCACCUUAAGCCUAAUGUCCAUCACAAAGUGGUUAUCUUCAUGGGAUCUGCCGCUGAUCAGGAACAUUGUCAGAAAAUCGCUAAAGCCGCCCGUGAACUCGGCUUAGAUGUUGAUCUCCGGGUAACUUCCGCGCACAAGGCGACACAAGAAACUCUGCACAUAAUGCAACAAUAUGAGGACACCCACGGGGCUUUGGUUUUCAUAGCAGUAGCUGGAAGGUCUAAUGGCUUAGGGCCUGUUCUGUCUGGCAAUACGUCUUAUCCAGUAAUAAACUGUCCGCCACCUUCUGAUAAGCUGGUGCAGGAUAUCUGGUCAUCUCUAUCAGUGCCAUCUGGCCUGGGUUGUGCGACUGUUAUUUACCCCGACAGUGCAGCCCUCAUGGCGGCACAAAUUAUUGGUUUACAAGACUACCUUAUAUGGGCACGUCUGAGAGUUAAGCAAUUGGAAAUGGCCGCCGCUUUGAGAGUAGCUGACAAGAAACUCCGAAACCUUAGUGUU